CCUAGACUUCACACAAAGAGCCCUAGUGUGCACCAGUGAGAGAGGCUUUGUCCGAAUGGUCAGAUCACCACCACCUUCAUCCUACUCGUCCUCAGCAGAGACUCCUCACUGUGUCUCCAUUCUUCGACAAAUCUGUCAAACUCUUUCAGUCACAUUAAAAUUGGCAUUGUUGUUAAAACCUGCCACAAUAAUAGAAUUUUCUCUUUCUCUGGUUCUAUUUACAUUUAUAAUGAAGCUGCACCUCAAUAUCCCCAAGACCAAAACUUCAUGUUUCCUGUUGGGUUUUCAUCAGCUCCAUCUGCAACCCUAAUCUCUUCCUGUAAUUUCACAGCUUGUUUUUUUUAUUCCACUUUUCGAUAAUUUCUUUCUAACUCUCCAACAUCUUUCAUUAAACUCCCUUUUUUCUUUUUUUAUAAUACUCCUCCUUUCCAUCUCCUAUCUGACCUUUCUUUCUUUUUUUCUUUCUUUCUUUCUUUCUUUUUUUCUUUUUUUCUCUCUUUAUUUCUUUCUUUUAUACAUACUGUAUUCAUCCUUCUUCUACUUUUCCUCCUCCUUCAUAGAUCUUUAACCCCUUCUAUUACUUAUUUUAUUUAUUUACAUUUCAUUCAGAGUAAAUGACAAAAAGAUGACAGUGAACAGGAGGGAGUGGUUACUUUAAUUAUAUUAAAUCAUUUUAAUGUUGAAACUGUUUGCUUCUCUGUCCGUCUGGAAGAAGACGUGCCACAGCAGAAUGUUUUCAACAGAUACUUUGAAGUUUUAAGAUGUUUUUGAUUGUGAGGCUCCAGGGGUGGGGCUUCAAUCUGUGCGUGAUGUAAGCUCGACUUUUUUCUCUGGCGACAUCAACAACGCUCCUUCCUCCAAAGAAUACUCCAUCUUGCUUAUUCACCUGCCUUAGCCACCAGGGGCAGCAUCUGUAGGCAACCUGCGGAGUCUUGUGUGAGAAUGUGGACUUCUUUGUUGUUUCCCGAAGUGCAACGCAGUAGAAGAAAGUGCUGAAAACUGUUGAACAAUAAGUUAGAAACUUUUCUGAGAAUUCUAACUUUGGUUGGAUGAAGUGUAUAAGGGAAUUCUGCAGUUUACUAAAGAUGAAUGUCAAAACUGACCACAGCAGGUGUCUUGUUACCUGCUGGGAUGAUGUCACAGCUGUACUGGCUGCUGAUUGGUCUAGAGAAGACAGCAAGUCAGCACAGCUGAUGAAGAAUUAAAAGCCUUCAUGUUUAAUUAAGUCCCUCAUGUGGUCGUGUGUCAGUGCUGGGAGACAGAAGACGAGAAAACAACUUCAACACCAACAGACUCUGUGUUCACUUCUGUUUCUGUUGCUCAGGUAUGUUUGUCUUGGUGUAACUGUUUCACUUUCUGAUAAACAUUUUGCUGCCACUAGCAUCGUUUCCUUUAACUUCGGCGGUUGUCUUUCCCCAUUUCCCAUUUAUUCAUUUUUAUUGUACAUCUGCUGUUAACUUCCUGCCAUUAGCUUCUUUUAAGCCUCCUAGCAUUAGCAUGCAGUUGUUAGGCCGUUGUUAGCUUGCAGUUGUUGCGCCGUCAUCAACCUCUUUAUAGCCUCCUGUCAUUAGCUUGUUGUUUUAACUCUAGCCUACGUUUUAGCCUGUUAGCAAACUGCCAUUACCUCACUGGUGUUAGCCUUGUAUCUGUAGCUCGCUGUUGUUAGCCUGUUGUUGAUCUCCUGUUGUAAAUGACCAAUGGUACGGCUUCAUUUUCUUUAGUGCUUUGGCCCUCAUCGUUAGGGUCGUGAUAUUAUGACCUUUGAUAGUAAUAAUUGUGGGUUGAAUUAAUUAUCAAACUCCAUUUUCAGAUCUUAAGUGACAUUACCAUGGACCUGGACUCCAUCGAAGGCCUGAACAACAUCCGCCCUUCAGUUUACAGAGUCGCCUUGAAGCUUCUGUCGCUGCAGAAGCUGUGUCACUUGGAUGUGGUCUCCUCCCGACACAUUACGGCAGCUUUCCAGGCGGUCGGCAGAGCUCCACAGGGAGAAGACCUGGAGUUGAGCAGAGAGGAAGUGACCCAAGUCAUCAGCAGGAUCUUCCAGAGCGUGUCUCAUGAAGAUCCAAAUCAGGUGUAUCCACCCGAGGCUCCAGAGGAGGCGGGCGACCUGCUGCUGAUGACGUUUGACCAGGCUGACGUUGGAGGGUUUUCACAAGAAUUUCUUCAGACUGUCCUGGUGGCGCUGUCCUCUGACCACCUAAUCAGCAAGUACCGAGCUUUGCUCGCCAUCUGCCAGAAAAGAUCAGGAGCAGGAUCAGGAUUGAUCAGCAGGUCUGGACUUAGGUUUUUGCUCACCUACCUCAGCAAAAUUCCAGCUGUGGUGCAGGAGGGGGAAGUUUUUGGGGCUGUGGUCGACGCAGUAGAUGCGUGUUUUGAGGGGGUGACAACGUCAUCGGUGAGUGCGGCUCAUGCAAUGUCAUGGUUGAAGAGUGAGCCACGCCUCCUCCUGUGGUUGCCCACACUCUACCGUCUGUCCGUCUCCCAAAACGUCCAACACCGCAUCCGCUGUCACACUUGUAGGAUGUAUCCAAUCACAGGGCUCAGGUACCGAUGUCUGAGGUGUGUGAACGUCCACAUGUGUCAAAGUUGCUUCCUGAGUCAAAGAGAGAGACGGAGACACAAGAAACACCACCCACUGAUGGAGUACUGUACACCAGUGACAUGGACAGAGUCUCUGUCCUCUCUGGCGCGCCGUGCUCGACAUAUCUUGCUACCACAGAGACGCCAGAGAGAGGAUACCAAGAAGUGGGGGGUGCCGGAAGAGACUGAGGACAGAGCUCCAGCAGGAUUUGCUGAUGCAGACGUCUGUCCCAGUUGUCGCUCCACCUCAUCUCCUUGUCCACCCACGUCUGUUGGUCAGAGCUUGGACAACAGUGACAGUCCAAAGCAGCAGGUGGCGACGCCAGAGGAGAAGUCAGAUACUCUGAGGGAUGACAUCGUAAACCUACAGAGAGACAAAUGGCUGUUGGAGCAGGAAGUUAAGGCAUGGCGUCUCACAGUCCAAUCAGAGCAAGGCUUACUAGAGGACAGGUGUUACCAAAUGGAGGUUACCAUGGAGACUCUGAGACAACAGAAUCUCCGCCUGCAGGGAGCGCUGUCACAGACUUUAAUCAAGUUGGAGACUAAACCACAGACCCUCACCACAGACAGUGACAUCAUCAUCCCACAGGCCACCACUGACCCUGAAGACAGGAAGGACCAAAUUCUUCCACCUACAGUCCACUACAACUCAGCUCAGACCACCUCUGACCACGAGGACAACCAAAGUCCGGCUCCAACCGUUUACAGUGAGACACUUCAGACUACCUCUGAUCAUGAAGACCCAGACCAGAGUCCAUCUCCCACAAUCCACUGGGAAUUAGAUCCAGAGGACCAGGAUCAGAGCCCGAGUCCCACGAUCCACCAGGGAGAACAUCAGACACUCUCCUACAACGAGGAGGACCAAAGUCCAUCUCCAACCAUCUACUGCGAGACGCUGUACAUUAACUCCGAUCCUGAAGAGCAUGACCAGAGUCCCGGUCCCACAAUCCACCAGGGCUUAGACUCCGGGGACAAAGACCAAAGUCUGAGUCCCAAAGUCCAUCAUGAGACAUCUGAACCCUGUGUCCAAAGGUCUGAUGAUGAUGUUCAUGAAAGGUUUUGUCAUCAGAUGAGGGAAAAUGAAGUAGCAGAGGAUGAUGGGAAGUGUAGUGCAGAAGAGCAGAUUGAGAAGGCAGUGGACCGACUGAAGAAGGAGCUGGAGGCUCAGAGACACACUGGUGACAGGAAGUGGGCGGGGCUUGUAGUAGCAGCGGAGCAGGUGGGAGGUGCUGUCCACUCCCUGGUGGACGCACUGAUGUGGGACAAACACGGAAAAACACAGGUGACAGAAACAUUUACUGACAAAAUUUUAUUUUACAACUUUAAAUAAAAAACAGUACAAAUACACAGUUAAU